AUGAGUAACCGCCAUCUGCCGGCUGGGCAGAAUAUACAGGGAGGAGCUCACGGCGCCGAUAUGGUCGGCGGUCCUGGAGCGCCUCGUCGGAGGCAGCCUCCUCCCUAUGUUCCGUACCAGCAACACCACCAGCACAUGAAUGCUAUGUAUCCUAACUACAUGCCCUACAACCAGCCGUACUACGGUUAUCAGCCACACUACCAGGGUCAACACUACCAGAACGCACAGUAUCCGAACACGCAGUAUCAAGGUGGACAGUAUCAAGGUGGACAGUAUCAGGCUGGACAGUAUCAGAAUGGUCAAUACCCAGUCGCACAGUAUCAAAAUGCUGGAAUGCAUUCUCCUGGAUAUGUGCCCUACCAGACCUUCGCACGAUCACCACCUGCUAUGCCUCAGUACGUCCCCAUGUCUGGCGUCAGCGUUCCUCCGAGCUAUACUCCUCGACCAGCUCAGCAACAGUCACCUGCCUUGUCGAAUCCCUACCAACCUCCGGCUGCGGCUCCAAUCCCGCCUCAAACUCCGACCUCCACCCACUCGUCGCAGAUGAUUCCUCCUCCAACUCCCCCGGUCCCCCAGGAGACUGAGCCAGUUGCUCCCACUCCUGCUGCGCCUGUCGAGCCUGCCGAGCCGACCAGGGUGCCUUCGCCCCCUCCCGCUCCCAAAGAACCCUUCCGUGCACCUCUACCAUGGUCAUCUCACCCCGAUUUCAAGUUCCCUGCUAGAGCCACAAAGUCGAGAGGACGGAGAAGGCAUCUCAAUGCUGACAGCGAAGCUUUAUCUUUACCAGUUGAACAGCAACAAGCGGCCACAGAGCAUGCCAAUGCUCCCGAAGCUAAUGCCACCGAGCAGUCGGUGGCUGUUCUCACAUCCGCUUCCUCGGCUGCCCCCUCUGAGACGGCCGAAGCAAAGGCUGCCGAUUCUCCCGUCUCUCCUGUCCAGCAACGAUCUCGCACCAACACUGCUACCAGCGCUACCUCGACUGCGACGAAUCGCCCUGUUGCUCGUUCCUCCACCGUCCCUGCCCCAGCUAUUCCUUCUCUCCCUAAGGCCAGUCCUAAGGAGGCCAAGCCAGUGCGUGCUGAAAAGCCGGCAAACGGCGAUAUAGCCCCUGAGACUGCUCAUGAGACGUCGACGGAAGCUGAGGCCCUCGAGAAGGAAGCCCCUGAGAAGCCUGCUGAACCUGCCCCUGCCGUUAAAGCUGCACCUGCAAACUGGGCGGACCUUUUGAGGAAGCCUGCUGCUGCUACUGCUCCUGGAAAAGCGAAUGCGGUUAAUGGUACUGCCUCUCCUAGUACUCCGGUCAAUGGCCAUAGUACUGAUGGUGCUGCUGGAGCCACCAACGGCUCUGCCUCCAGCUUCUCUAAAGCCAACGCAAGCUCUGUUGCGGAGGCUAUUCACUCGUUCCACGUUGGUCUCGCCGACCAAGUUGCUUUUCUCGAGCCUCGCGGCCUGAUCAACACCGGGAACAUGUGUUAUAUGAACUCUGUAUUGCAAGUUUUGAUGUUUUGUCUUCCCUUCUAUGAUUUCCUCAGCCAGAUCAGCAAGCGUGCUGUUCACAGCUUUAAGAGUGAUACUCCUCUGAUCGAUGCUAUGAUUAUGUUUAUGCAUGAAUUCAAGACCAUCAAGUCUGCUGCUGGCAUUGAAUCUCUGCGAACUACUCUCAAGAAUGAGGAAUUGGAGCGCUAUGGUGAUCCUUUCACCCCUGAAUUCGUUUACGAAGCUAUCAGGCAGCUUCCAAGAUUCGCCAGUAUGAGGCGAGGUCAUCAGCAAGAUGCUGAGGAAUUCCUUGGCUUCCUGUUGCAGUCUCUUGAUGACGAGUGUACUUCAGUCCUCAAGAACUCCGCACUACCUGACCAAGAACGUAGGGCCAGUUCUGGGUCUGGUGCUGGUGGUGAAGAUUGGCUCGAAGUUGGCAGAAAGCAAAAGGCCGCCGUUUCUCGAUCCUCUGGGCCUAACUCUUUCAGCCCCAUCUCAAGGAUUUUUGGUGGUUCAUUAAGGUCAGAGUUCCGUGUACCAGGCUUGAAGGACUCUAUCACCACUGAGCCUUAUCAGCCCCUUCAGCUGGAUAUUGGAUCUCCUGACGUGCGAAAUGUUGUAGACGCUCUACGGGGUCUUACUCGUCCAGAGCGUCUCCAGGGAGACUUCAACUCACCUCGUGGCAAGGAUGUCACGGCCACUAAGCAAGUUUUCAUUGACACACUGCCUCCCGUCCUCAUACUGCAUCUCAAGCGCUUCCAGUUUGAUGCAGAAGGUAAUGGGACCGUCAAAAUUUGGAAGAAGAUCGGUUACCCCUUGGAGCUUGAGAUACCUCGUGAAGCCUUGUCGCGGCAGAAACGCCAGGCGUACGGUGACGACGGCAUGCCCAAGUACAGGUUGAUCAGCGUUGUAUACCACCAUGGGAAGAACGCCAGUGGUGGACAUUAUACCGUUGAUGUUCGACGUCAAGAAGGACGCGAGUGGAUUCGCAUCGACGACACCGUCAUCCGCAGGGUCCGAAGUGAAGAUGUUGCCGAGGGCGGCGAGGAGGAAGAGAUCAAAGACAACCGCAAGGACGGUCUUUCAUCUGGUUCUGCCGGAAACCGGUUCGGAGCUGUUCUCGAUGAGGAUGCUGGAGACGAUGACGGCUGGAGUAAGGUCACAAGCCCUGCCGGAGGAGCGAAGAAAUGGAGCAGCGUUGCCAAUGGUACUAGUAACGGCAGUACCAAGGCCAAGCAGGUCAAGGACAACAUCAAGGAUAACAAGGUUGCCUACCUGCUCUUCUACCAGCGAGUGUAA